AAAACUAAAUAAAAAUAAAUAAAUAAAAUAUCAUAUUGAUAUUGAUAGAUUGCGAAAAACCCUCGUUUGACGUCCCUCUGGCCCCUCACUAUCCGCUGCUGCUCAGUUAAACCUAUAUAAUUAACACACACAGAUUUAGAGAUGGAUGAUUUGGUUCCUGAAUGCAAGAAAAAACUGGCACGAUUUAGAAUACAAGAGCUUAAGGAUGUACUCAGCCAUCUUGGUGUUCCGAAAACGGGGAGGAAGCAGGACCUCAUGGAUAGGAUUCUGGCUUUGCUUUCUGACGAAGGAGCAUCAGGUACUCAUGGUGCGCAAAAGAAUAGAUUGAUUCGAAAGGAUGAAGUGGCAAAUAUAAUUAAUGAAACCCACAAAAAAAUGUCGCAUAUGUUGCCAAAUGAUACUGUAACUGGUGGACGUAGUGUCUCUGACAGUAGCAUCACUGCAACUAAAGAGGAAACAGUGGAUCAGAAAAUGCGUUGUCCUUGUGGUAGUCCACUGAAAACAGAGUUCAUGAUUCAGUGUGCAGAUUCACAUUGUCAAGUUUUACAACACAUUUCCUGUGUUAUUAUCCCAGUGGAGUCCACCGAGGGAGCCCCACCUGCUCAGUCUCAGCAUUAUUGUGAAGUUUGUCGAAUCGAUCGAUGCGACCCAUUUUGGAAAACGUUGGCACACCCUUUAUAUCCUGUUAAGCUCCUUGUCUCAAGUACACCGGAUGAUGGUUCACAGCCAAUACAGACUGCGGAGACAGGCUUCCAAAUCACUAGAGCAAAUGUACAUUUGCUGGAGAAUUCAGGAUACGAUGUACAGGCAUGGUGUAUUCUUCUCAAUGAUAAUGUUCCGUUUAGGAUGCAAUGGCCUCAAUAUUCUGAUCUAAAAGUCAAUGGCAUCCCUGUAAAGACAAUUAACAGACCUGGAUCAAAGAUGCUUGGAGCCAAUGGUCGUGACGAUGGUCCAUCAAUAGCAGUGUUUCUGGUGGAGGGUUAUAAUAGCAUUUCUUUAUCUUGCUCUGAUGCUCGUACAUUUUGCGUGGGUGUCAGACUAGUGAAGCAACGAACUGUUCAACAGGUUAUCAGCAUGAUUCCUGCUGAGCAAGAAGGUGAAACUUUUACCGAAGCUGUUUCUCGUGUUUGUCGUUGCAUUGGUGGUGGAAUGGAUGCCACUAAUGAUGAUAGUGACAGUGAUUUGGAGGUUAUUGCAGAUAAUGUCACAAUUAAUCUCCGGUGCCCUAUGAGUGGAUGUAGAAUGAAAACUGCUGCUAGAUUUAAAGGAUGCAUCCAUCUGGGUUGUUUUGAUCUCCAUACUCUUGUGGAAAUUAACCAACGGUCUAGAAAGUGGCAAUGCCCCAUAUGCCUAAAAAAUUAUUCUCUGGAAGACAUAAUCAUUGAUCCGUAUUUAAAUCGUAUCGUAAAGAUGAUGCAAGCUUGUGAUGAGGAUGUAACUGAGAUCGAAGUGAAAUCCGAUGGUUCGUGGCGUGUAAAGACUGCACGUCCUUCUAAGGAUCUUGAAAAAUGGCACCUUUCGGAUGGAUCGUUGUGUGCUCUGGAAGCUAAUGAUGGUUCAAAUAUAGAAGUUUCUGCUGUCAAAAGUGAACACCAGUUAGAACAUGGGAAUGUGAACGGGCUUUCGAAUGGUCACGGAAAUCAUAUAGAAGAGUACAGUACGAACUAUGCACAAGAAAUAAUAUCAAUGAGCAGUGGCUCUUCUGAUGACAUGCAGGAAGAUGAGUUCGAAAGUGUGGACCAUCCUUGUGUGAUGGAUUAUACACCAUACAACCAUAACCAAACAUCUGGAAUCACAAAUAGAAGUUCUUCUUCAUCUAUAGGAGAUCCGAGUAUUAUUGUUCUCAGUGAUUCAGAAGAAGAGAAUUUUGAUACAGUUACUGCAACUGGAGUUGCUGUACCGAGCCCACCCAAUGGUAGCUUUAGUUCACUCACUGCUAAUCUUGAAACUCCUGAUAUUCAUGUGAGAGAUGCUGUAGCUCCAGAUGCAUCAUCACGUCCUAGUGGGGAAGCGGAAACUAGUGACAUAAGUAAUAACAAACAGUCAGGUGACCCAUUCACAUUUCCUCGCCAGCCAAGGUCUGUAAGGAGGCAGCAUGCAACAAAAAAUGUACCAGGCGAUUAAAAGUUCCCUUGCAGGUGGCCCUCCAUUUGAGUAUAUGUGGCGCAAUAUAAUCUAUAAGCCAAACUUGUAGUUUCUGAAGGAUAGCGGUAGUAAUUUAUAAAUGGGCUACAAUAGGUAUAGUUUCAUAUUUUUCUUUGUUUUGUAAAUUGAAGAUGCCCUGCUUCACAGAUCUUCAUAUUUUUGUUCUUUCAAGAGCCUAUGUAAAUCCUAAUAGUUUUCUUGUACAUAUGGUGUACUGUAAACCUUAAUUUGGCGUUAUGAGUUUUGGUUGGCAGUUAAAAUGCACAUUUGCAUUUA